AUGCCACAAACUUAACAAAUUCUGCAGAUGGUCUUGGUGUUUUUAAGGGAUCAAAAAUUGUUUAAGAGUCUUUUGCACUUGGAACUAGAGACAUAAAUAUCGAUAGACACCUACACUAGAGAAUUAUAAUUUCUUAGGCAGCAAAUUUUAGAUGGUAACUUUAUAGGGGCAGAACAAUACCUAUAACCUUUGAAGACAAGACUGAAUGAUCAAUUUUCGUAUGUGUUGUUAGAAUUGAAGAAACAAUAAUAUUUUGAAUUGAUAAAUGCAAAACCAGAUGUAGAAAUACUUAUAACAUUAUUGCGAUAAAUUGAGUAAUUGGCAUCUCCAGAGGCAUAUAAAAACCUCUGCUAUUUUUUGACGUUAUCAUGUAUUCGCGAUCAUCCAGAGUUUAGUGAUUGGAGUGUUGAAAAGGGAAGACUUGAUUGUUUCGAAGGAAUAGCAUCGGUGUUGAAAAACUUAGGUAAAACAUUUAGAAUAGAAAAGUACAAUGGCAAUACACUUCAAUAAUUAUAUGAGAAGGUUGAAGAAGAUGAAGAGAAUAAUAAACAUUCGAAAUUUUACUCAAAAAAGAAGUCUCAAAUUCAAUUGUAAUAGUCUAGUUCAUCUCAAUUACCCACCGAUUUCGAUAAAAAUAUUAUCAUAGAAAAAUUGCACAUUUCGGAUAUUAAUGAGAACGAUCAGUCAUUGAUAAAGAAGGAAAGUAUCUUAAAUGCUACUCCUCCUCAUAGCAAUAGUAGUAUAUAGUCUUAACUCUUUAAUUAUAAAUUUGAUGAGAUGGAUUAAGUUGCUACAUUGUCAGAUACACAUCCAAUAAGAGCAGCUGCAUUUUCAUCUGAUGGGGAAAUGUUUGCAAUCGGAACCAAUUCUAAAAGUCUCAGGAUCUUUUCAAUGAAAUCAGUUUUGUAAGAAAGCCAAGUUGUAAUGUAAUUGGAAAAGUAAAAUCACCAUUAAGGAUCUAUCUAUUGUAUUGAUUGGAGUCGAUCAGGAAGAUUGAUAGGAACUGGAAGUAAUGAUAAGACUGUUAAAUUGUACAAUGUUGAAGAGGAUACAGAUUUCGUUUUGGUUGGUCAUAGAGGCUUAGUUAGAUCAGUUUGUUUUAGUGAUGAGAAUAGAUUGAUGUCAGCUGGAUAGGAUGCUGUCAUUAAGAUUUGGGAUGUAGAAACAUAAAAAUGCAUAAGAAACCUAGAAGGCCAUACAUAAACAAUAUAUUGUUUAUAGACUGCAGGAGAUGGAUCAUAUUAGGUUUCUUGUGGCAUGGAUAAAACUUUAAGAAUAUGGGAUUAAAGAGCAAGUAGAGCCUAAGGAGUUAUGACCAUGCAAACAGAAAUUAAUUAUGUUUCACUUUCAGAAUCAACUACCAAUUAUAAUCUAUAAAAUUUAGUCAAGGGUUCUAAGAAGGCUCCAUAAUUCUCAUCUUAAGGAUUAGCAGUGCUUGCACAUUCUGAUGGUGUAGUAUCAGUUUGGAAUAUCCAACAUUAGAAAUGUGUAAAAACAUUGAAGCAUCACACAAUGGAUUGCAGAUGUGUUGAAUUUGAUCCCACUGGUAAAUAUAUUUGCAGUGUCUCCUUUGAUUCAACUAUAGCCCUAUAUGAUUGGGAACAACAGAAAUUGAUCACCUAAAUUACUGAUCAUGAAGAUCGAGUUGUCUUAUGUAAAUGGCAUCCAUUCUACCCGUUUAUUCUGAGCACAUCAGCAGAUUGCACUGGAAGAAUAUUUGCACCUCAUGGCUUUCUAGUAUAAUUAAUGAAAUCUUUAUGA